AAGAUCUUCGUCGGCUCGCUCCCCUGGGCUGUUGACUCCGCUGCUCUGCAGACCCGCUUCGAGGAGUUCGGCCCCAUCGAGAAUGCCAUCGUGCUGACUGACCGCGAGACCGGUCGCUCGCGCGGCUUUGGCUUUGUGACCUUUGUCAACGGCGAGGAUGCCCAGCGCGCCAUCGAGGAGGCUGACGGAUCGGAGCUGGACGGUCGCAGCAUCCGCGUGUCGACUGCCACUGAGCGU